UGAAAUUGUUGCUCCACCUUGAUUGCUAUGUUCUGAAGAAUUCUGUAUAGUGACUUAUGCGCACAUUUCCUAGACUUUUUUUUCUUCUAACCGUUGAUUGAGAACUAAUAGGGUAGUUACCAUGGGUCUCGAGAUAGUAAUUGCCAUCUUUCAGCUGCUCGUCUUUGUGGUCGGUGUGCCCGGAAAUCUCCUCAUUUUGCAGGUUUUCUUCAAGAAAACUCGCAAGACCAGCACCAACGUGUUCAUUAUGGCGCUUGCAUCGGCAGAUCUGAUGGCCUGUUUGCUACGACCGGUCUACGUGGGGAUGUCACUGGUGCUUUUCACAACGGGCGAGUAUGCGUCCAUUUGGAUUGAGAUAACUUACACCGCUUUCAAUUCAAUCACCGUUUACAGCUCAGCUAUAAUCACUGCCGCCAUUGCUUUUGAUCGCUACGAUGCAGUUUGUCGCCCGCACACCAGACUUAUGUCAUAUCGGUGCGCACAAGUUCUGGCCCUCAUGUGUUUCAUUAUCUCUAUACCGAUGGCAAUUCCAUCUGUACUAAUUUAUUUCAACCAUACCGUGCCUGCCCGUUUGUCCAAGCAUAUUGUAACUUUCAGUGCUUAUAUCCUAGCUCUGAUUCUGGUUGUCGUGUUCUACGUGAUGGUCUAUAAGGCAGUCUUAUUCCGCACUAAAGUCCGCACAAAGUGGGGUGGCCGAUUCACUGGUAUAACAGCGGCAGGAGAGACAUCUGUCUCUAUGACAGGUCACACGGAAGUCUCUGCGCUACCACUGUCUCGGGAGUUCACCAAACUCAGCCCCGUUACGGAGCAAGAAGCCUCGCAAGCUGGAAACCACGUUGAGGACAGAGUUCAGCCAUCAGUACAUCCACCGUGUGCUCAGUCUCCUACCAGUACAGCACCGACAGACUUAGAGAUUGCUUGCGUCAGUGAAGACAAAAACGCCGUUGUUUAUCAUAAUCUGGCAAACACUGUCGUACCAUCUCCAGAUACCACACCAGCGAUACCGCCUCCUGCAUACUCAGUGGCAAUUAGCCCCGCCUGUCCACCUGCCACCCCUGGACCGUCUUCACGUAUUUCAGGUGGGAACCUAGCCGUACCAAACAACUCACGGAUUCCAACAAGCAGCAAUUUUCCUGAGAGGACUGGAUCCACAGGGAGAAACAGAACACCAAGUGAGAGAGGGAAGUCUUCAAAGACGGUGGCUGCAAGGAUGCAGAAUAAGACAACAAGAAUGCUCCUGCUGACUACUAUCGUCUUUUUCGUCACGUGGAUUCCCUACAUGUGCUUGUCUGUAUUGAACACCUAUUUCACGAUCACAAACGAAAACAUAAGACAAGAAGUGGGGGAUGUCUUGAACACCGCAUCGCAUUUGUUGUUCGUCAACAAUGCUGCAAACCCUUUCAUCUAUGUUCUCGCAAACAGGCAGUUCAGGAAUGACUGUAAACGAGAGGUCCGUAAGUUAAUGCGAUCUUGCUCUAGACGCUAAUAAGUUAAACAUUGAAGCCGUUUGUACGCUUGAAGUUAACAUUCCAAUUUUUUUAUCGAUUUCAUUUGGGGCUGGAUCAUUUCCAGUAUGCGUGCAAACCUUUUAAAAUACCCAAGUUGUUAGCUAACAAACGCCAUCUGCUUCUAAAUGCUUGUAAAUAAUUCGCGCUGAGGCGCACUGCACUAGGCCUAUAUGACAAAAGGCAAAACUGAAACCGUGAUGGCAGAAUUUC